CACUUCCUGUCGGAGUACACGUGGCUACCCCCUACCCCCCUCACUAAUUGAUCCCAUCCCCACGCUCUAUCCUCCCAUUCCCCAUCACCAUCCCAGCUCAUUCGUAGCUCCGUCUCCUACCGUACGGGCUGCAUUUAUUGUCCUCUCCCUGUGUCGUAGUUUCCUCGUUUUUUCUCUCGUGGCCUUUCAUUUUCUUGCUUCCGGACCAUGCCGAAGGCCAAGGACAAGACCAAAGGCAGGAAAAAGGGCAAGCCCGGGAACAAGUCCUUACGGCGCAGCCUGCGCCGCUCUACCAAGGAGUCCACGACGGCAUCUGACAACGUGGACGGCGGUACGACGAGCGACCCAGAGGUGCCAGACCCCCCCAUCAAGAAGGGCCCCACACCGCCCAAGCCGAAGAAGACUCCCAACACCCCAGUUUUCCUGGACGACUCCACCGACUCCGAGGACGACACGGCGACUGCUGAGCGGGCACAAAUCCUGGCCGCCCUGAGUCGUCUCGAGCAGAACCAGUCAUCGGUGGACCAGCGCCUAACAUCCCUGCAGACGGAGGUUCGGGCGACUCGACACCCGACGUCUGCAUCCACCUCCCGAGAGUGGCGCAGCGAGGCGAACAAGUACGCCUACAAUUUCAACACCGGCAUCAGAGAACAACUACUACAGGCUAGACAAGCUCCGACGCUCUCCGCCAAGGACAACAUCCUGGACCAGGCGGCAGGUGAGAUUGAGUCCCGUAACAAGGACAUUUUGCUAGCGGACAAGGCCUCCUGGUCUGCCGUCCGCCUCUUCCGCUCUGAUACUGCCCUUUCCUUCUCUAGCAAAGAAGAAGAACAGCGCUGGAACAAGGCGGUCGAGGAGGAUCGCCGCAGAUAUAACAAGCCGGCCUAUUCCUCAUCUACCAACCGAUCUUUCUCUUCCUCUACUACAACCAAUAACGGCCAGAAACAUUCCUUUCGUCCCCAACAGAGUUCCAACCUCGGUUGUUACACCUGCGGUGCUGAAGGACACUUUGCCAAAGAUUGCGCGAAGUACAAGCGGGGCAGGUACUAGUAGUUCUUUUGCCGCGCCUCAUUUUGCCAUGCCUAACUUACAUACUUUGUCCUCUUCACAACCCGUCUCCACAUAUGUUUCUCAUGUCACAGACGAGACCCCCCCUGCUUCCGAUAUUAAUGACUUUGUUUAUCCACAGUAUAGCAACGAUUUCCCAACAGAGUCAUUCAACGACGGGGAAGACAUUCCAGACUCACCCCCCAGUCAUCACAUCCCUUCCCCACAAGAUAUCCCAGAUGAUGGCGAGAUACUUUAUGAGCAGGGUUCCGAGAAUCCUCGAGUACAUGGCAGGCUGCGCUCGCACAUUGCGAAGUGGCGAGCCAUUGGAAGCCCCCCCUUCGUGCUUCGCAUUAUCGAACACGGUUUCUGCCUACCUUUUCUCUCCCUUCCACCCAAUAAGACCUUCCCUAAUCAAGAUUCCUGUUUUCAGCACUCUGAUUUCGUGACGUCAGCAGUCUCCGAACUCGUCUCGGCAGGGAGUGUUCGAGAGGUCCCCGACAGGGGCCAUCUCCUUCUCUGCAGCCCCUUAAAGGUCGUACCCAAGAAAGGUGGCAAACUGCGCCUCAUUAUUAAUCUCCACUAUCUUAAUACCCAUUUAGCCAAGUUCCGUUUUAGGUAUGAAGGCCUUCCCUGCCUCGUCGAUUUGUUUAAAGCCGGCGAUUGGUUUAUCACCUUCGA